UGCAAAAGAGUCACAACGACCGCUCGUACAUCACAUCUGAGGACAUGUACAUGGAGGACAGCAGAACAGAUUUUGUGGCCUUGCUCACAGCAACAUCUGGCCACCGGUCGGUGUCCAGGGCGGUAGCUAAAGCUCGGCUCACUCUGGUCAGAUCCAACCUCAUCUUCGCCAUUCACUGUGAAAGACUCAGCCGCCCUAUUAGGGUGAGCUUUCGGGAUCAAGAUGGGACAGUCUUAUUUGAACAUCCAGUCCACAAGAUGUCUUCACCUCAAAACAACCUGAUCUGUGGCAUAUGGAGGAAUGUGCAUAAACCUUACAUGAAGCUGCUGAAGUCUGAUCAACUCCACAUUGCUCUGAUAAUGCAGCCACGGUCAGAUGCUGGCAUCCACGGCAGAAUCGUCAAACACAGGGCACUCUUUGCUGAAACAUUCAGUUCUGUUCUGACCUCAACUGACCCAGAUGGCACAGGACUGGGCGGCAUUGCCAUGCUGACCCUCAGUGAUGUCGAAGACAAUCUACACUUUAUCAUUAUGUUCAAAGGGUUGCUGAACAAGAAUCGCAGUCUAAUCCCAGUACGGGUGCAGUUGUCGUACAGGGACCGACCAUUGAGAGAAGUUACAGCCAAUAUAUCCACCCAUGACUCCAGUUUUGCUGAAGUGAUGACUGAUCUCAGUAACGAGGAGAUGUUUCUGCUUUCACAUGGCCAACUGGAAAUUUCUCUGGACACUGACAGCAGAAAUGCAGGCCGUAUUUCAGGAAUCAUCACAGCUAAGAAAACGUGCAAUACUAUUCAGAGUGUCCUUUCAGGCGGAAAUUCUCUCACUCCAACCAAAACUGGUGCUGUUGGUUCAGCAAAGUUUACUUUACAUGACAACGGGACCCUUGAAUUCCAGGUACAAAUAGCUGGCACUGCCAGUGAAGUUGUGGGACUCACAAUUGAAACUAAGCCUCGACGCAGACACAUGCGCAAUAUUUUACAUGAUAUAACGUCUGACUACAGGAAUAAUUUUGCAAUUGGAGUUAGCAACAAUCUCAAUGGCAGGGAGAUUCACAUGCUCUUACAGAACGAGCUCUUUAUCAAUGUUGCAACAAAGGAGUAUGAAGAGGGAGAACUGAGAGGACAAAUCAGUUCUCUACUCUAUAGUGGCCUUCAAGCAAGAUACUACGAGCUGCCAAUUCCAUUAGCUGGACAGUUUGUGGUACCCCCGGUAAAGACUGGGUCAGCAGGCCAUGUCUGGCUGUCUUUGGAUGAGCAUUGCCAUCUUCACUAUGAGAUAGUGGUAGCUGGGCUGAAUAAAGCUGAAGAUAUUACCAUCAAUGCACAUCUCCAUGGCUUUGCUGAGAUUGGGGAAAUGGACGAUAACAGUGGUGAACAUAAACGGCUCCUUAAAGGUUUCUAUGGAUCAGAGGCCCAAGGAAUAUUAAAGGAUAUCGCCACGGAACUUCUCCAGCAUCUUAAUAGAGGAACUGCAUUUAUUCAAGUUAGCACAAAACUGAAUCCCAAAGGAGAGAUACGAGGACCGGUGCUGAUUCAAAACCAAUGCGAGUCAAAAGGAUUUGUCAUACCUAAGGAACCCGAGUACGAAGACGAUCUCUUUCAUGAAAUUAAACCUGAUCCCGAACAGUUGAAGAAAGAUCCAAAUUCUUGUUUCUUUGAAGGGCAACAACGAGCCCAUGGUUCCCAGUGGACCCCAGAUUAUGACCAGAAAUGCUCCACCUGCAGUUGCCAGAAAAGGACCGUAAUAUGUGAUCCUAUCCUAUGUCUUCCUCUGAACUGCACAGAAAUUGUUCACGUCGAAGAUAAAUGCUGUCCAGUUUGUCGAGAUAUAAUUGAAGCAAAAAAUGAAAACAAAAAGGGAAGCGACCAGGUUGAAGGCUGUUAUUUUGAUGGGGACCGGAAGUGGCAUCCUGCUGGGACCACCUGGCAUCCCUUUGUACCGCCAUUCGGUUAUGUGAAAUGUGCUGUGUGCACCUGUAAGGGGGCAACUGGGGAAGUACAUUGUGAGAAGGUUCAAUGCCCAGCUCUGCCUUGUAGCCAGCCUGUUAGAAGGAAUGCCUCAAAUUGUUGCAAGGAAUGUCCAGUUCCAGAGAUUCCCCCUUUUGACCACACAGACUUGAUGCAGGCUGAUGGGCCCAGGCCCUGCAAAUUUGGUCGUCAUGUAUACAUGAACAAUAAUAAGUGGCAUCCUGAAGUCCCUCCGUUUGGGGAAAUGAAAUGCAUUACUUGCUGGUGUGAUGAAGGUUCCACAAAGUGUCAACGAGAGAAGUGUCCAGUUCUAACCUGCGAAAACAUAGUAAAACCACACCAUAAAUGCUGUCCGGAGUGUGAAGCAGUGCCAUCGUAUUCUGAUGAAGAUGGAGAGAAAUUAAAAAGCCAACCGAAGGGGAAGAGUGUGUGGGAUUCCCGACCGCUAUCUGACUGAAUUUAUUCCAAUGCAUUCCACGUAUGCAAUGGACAGAGCAAGCAUGUGAGGUAUGCCAGGAUGCACACUUCAUUUCAUCAAAUGGAGAUUCUGAGAAUUUCAUUUGAAAGACCUAUGAACAAUCAAUACUGUAAAUAUUCUCAGCUGAUCCAGUAUUCGGUGUUGUUGUGGAAAGAAAAACAAAGUUGUGUACAGCAUCGGCAACUAUGACAUGUUCAACGAGCUGUGUCCCGAAGUGAAUGCCUGAGGUGGUGUGUGAAAUAAAAUCAUCAGAAUCUGCAACGUUCCUGCCAACUUCACGAAACCACGCUGGAAGAUUGUUCACAAAUCGGACAGAUGAUCUAACAAUGACUUGUUCGUUGCCAAAGAGAGUCCGCUAAACAUCGGCAAUUCUUGCUGCAAUUCGGAGACCUUUGAUGACACGGGAGCAGAUUUAUUUCGUAUUGUUAGACAACUUUGUUUUAAAAUGACAAGAUGUUGUGUUUCUCGUCCACACGUUAACUGUUCCUUGAAGUGCAAAUCCACAAUCGCAUGAUUACAGCCCAGAAAAUCGCAUGAGUAUGUGAGGUCCAUCUAGUGAGGGACCUCCUGAGAAGGAACCGCAGGGCGCAGCUGAGUGAACGAAGAUGAUAUCUUUCGUUUUCUUUUAACAAUUUGUUGUUAAGUUUUUUUUUCGCAAAUUGCAAAUGAGAGAAGUUGCCUGGUUCAUGUGCCCUAAUCUCCAUUACAAUUGUCCUUUUUUAUUCUUCUUGUGAAUGGGAUGCUGUUUCCCUCAUUAUCAUUUGUGAAUGCGAAAUCCCCAGGGAUGAAAGUGUCAGAUAGUUGAAGUGUUAAGUAUGAGGCAAUUCAAAUGCAUGCCCUCAGCAAGUGACGACUGCAUUCUUCCUAAAUUCCUCAUAGAGUCUUCAUUUGUAAACCUCUGGAAGGAUGCCUUUGUUGAGAGAUUUAAACUUACAAUGAAAUUAAUGGAGGUUGGUUAAAGUAAGAAAGGACUGUGGCUGAGGACCUCCAGCUAACAUUUGCUGUAAAUUGCAAACAUAUGAAUAGAGGAACAACUUCACUAUACUGUGUAACUUUGUUAAUGUGAAUAUGAACUUGGCCUCUGCGACAGGUGAUGCUGAAAAAUGUAUAUAUUGUAAGUUCCUGAAUUAUUCUUUUCAUCGAUGUUUUGCCAUUUAAUAGAAAAACACAAUUAUAUACCUGUUAGUAAAAUAGUAAACAAAUCACAUCAAAA